AUGUUCGGGCUUGAUUGUCACGCCGCCAAGAUGUUCCUGAUCCUUACAAUUGUUUCUGCUGCGGUUGCAUCAUACGCGUUUCCCAACACCACGACAACGAACUCCACCACAAGCCUUUGCAAAGUCUUCCCGGGCGAUAAGGAAUGGCCUUCUGUCUUUGAAUGGAAUAGUCUCAAUAAAACAAUUAGUGGCAGACUUGUCAAGACUAUACCUUUGGGCUCUCCUUGCCAUUACCCUGACUAUGACCAAGCCGUAUGUGAAGAACUACAGGAUGAAUGGAUAUGGGAGUCAGUCCAUAUCAAUUCGACCUCAUCAGUCAUGGCCCCGCUCUUUGCGAACCAGAGUUGUGAUCCUUGGCAACCUGUGUCUAGGCCCUGCGAGUUGGGCAAUUACGUCCAUUACGCAGCUGACGUGUCCGGUCCAGAAGAUAUUAAGUCUACAAUCGCUUUUGCGCGGGAGAAGAACAUACGCUUUGUCAUUCGAAACACCGGGCAUGACUAUAACGGACGCUCGACUGGGGCAGGAGCACUCUCUGUACGAACUCAUGGCUUGAAAGACAUCGAGUUCAUUGAUGAGUGGGCAAGCGAGGAAUACACAGGCUCAGCUGUAAAGCUUGGUGCCGGAGUUCAAGGGUAUGAGAUCAUGGCAGCUGCGAGAGAUCGUGGCCUUGUUGUGGUCGGGGGCGAAUGUGCUACUGUGGGAAUUUCUGGCGGCUACACUCAAGGAGGUGGUCACUCUGCUUUGAGCACGUCAUACGGCCUUGCUGCAGAUAAUGUCCUUGAAUGGGAGGUCAUCACUGCUGAUGGUCAAUUACUUGUUGCGAAUGAAACCUCGUAUACAGAUUUAUUUUGGGCAUUGCGAGGAGGUGGGCCCGGUACUUAUGGCGUGGUGACAUCAAUGACCAUUAGAACCCACCCCAAUGUGAUUGUUGGUGGUGCAUCGUUGUCCUUCUACUCAGCAACUACGACUACGGAGAACUUCUACCGGGCAAUCCAAAGUUUUCAUGAGUUGUUGCCUGCGAUGGUUGAUGCUGGCGGCAUGGUCAUCCAUUACUUCAAUACGGAGUACUUCAUGAUUGCUCCAUUUACGGCGUACAACAAGACUGCCACCGAGUCUCAGGAAAUCUUGACACCAUUUAUCCGAAGUCUUGCAGAUUUGGGCGUCAACUACACCGUCACCUAUUCCGAAUUUGAUACAUACUACGACCAUUACGACCAAUACUUCGGUCCUCUGCCACAGGGCAACAUACCUAUUGGACAAGGGCUUUUUGGUGCUCGCCUGAUUCCUCGAGAUGUCGUCAGCAAUAUCACAUCUGCCUGGCAAGAGGUCAUUGAACUUGGGGCGCUCUGGAUAGGAGUGGGCACAGACGUCAGCCCCUACGGAUCAACCGACACCACCAGUGUGGUCCCAGCUUGGCGGAAGGCUUUGGUGCAUGCUUCCAUCACAUUGCCGUGGAACUUCACCGCUCCUUGGGGCGAGAUGCUUGACCAGGCCGAUAAGAUGACGCAGCAGGUGAUGCCCAUCGUUGAAGCAGCGACUCCAGGCAGCGGUGCGUAUGUCAAUGAAGGUGACUUCCAGCAACCCAACUUUCAAGAUGUCUUUUGGGGGGACAACUAUGCUAAGCUGCUUGGCAUCAAGCGGAAGUAUGAUCCCCAGAGCUUCUUCUAUACCCGCAUCGCUGUCGGGUCGGAGGCAUGGACAGUGGGGAACGAUGGGAGGAUGUGUCGGGCGUCAUGAUCCCAACCAGCUUUGUGGGAUAUCCAAUAAAGUGUUCGGCAACCAUUUCAGAUCAUAGAGCCUCAUACCCCUUCAUAAAAGCGGAGAUCCUGAUCGGCGACCAAUCUUGCUAAGGUCAAUAGCGUACACCACGACAUACAGCUACUGGACUGAAUUUACCGUGGCUGGUUGCCAUUUGCCGCAGCUCAAGUGCAUUACCA